UAGAACUUAGAGUAAAAUGUUCUGUGAUUUUAUCACAGUCUGUGAUCACAGUAAAUUGUAAAAGUUUUCAAAACUCUAGUUCGAGAGUUGUUACGUUCUUUGCAGCAAAAUUAACUAAAUCCAAGUCGCGAAAUAAUUUGCGCCCGCCUGGUGCAGUCACACGAAAAUAUCACAAAAAUUUAAUUGAUGAUAAGUAAUAAAUAUUGUGUGCUUGUUAUUUAUUAACUUUUAGUUUCACCUACUUAGGAUUUUUGGAAUAUAUUGUUGUAGAUCUUAGUUUACUCGAAUCCUUACAUUUUUUGUGGAAUCAUACCAAUAUUAUUGUAUUGUGUACUUGUUAAAUAUUUUUAUUUUUUAAUACAUACCUAAUUCAAGACAUUUUGCACAAAUAAAUAACAAUGCAUGUUAUAGACUCAGAUAGUGAAGAUGAAUUACCGCCAGGCUGGGAAGAGAAAUCAACAGAAGAUGGAAAUGUAUACUUUGUAAACACCUGCAACAAUAAAAUUCAGUGGACUCAUCCACGAACAGGCUGUAAAAAAGUGAUACCUAAAGAGUUACCAUUUGGUUGGACUAAGAUGGUUGAUGAGGAUGGGAAAACUGUUUAUUUGCAACAUGAGACUGGAAAUAAAACUUAUAUUGAUCCAAGACUAGCAUUUGCUAGGGAGGAAAAAAAACACAUUCAUGAUUUUCGUCAAAGAUUUGAUAGUUCAUCGACAGCUUUCCAGGUUUUACAUGGAGUGGACUUAUCUGGAAAAUUUGCAUUGAUAACUGGUUGCAAUGCAGGAAUUGGAUAUGAAACAGCUAAAUCAUUAACUAGACAUGGGUGCAGUGUUGUGCUUGCAAACAGAAACAUGGAAGCUACCGAGGCAGCAAUCAAACAAAUUGUGAAAGAAACAAAUGCUUGUGAAGAUAAUUUGAAAGCUGUUCAUUUGGACUUGUCUUCUUUGCAAAGUGUCAAACAAUGUGCCGCAGCUGUCAAAGCAAUAUUUGCAAGUAAUUUAGACAUGCUAAUCUUAAAUGCUGCUAUAUUUGGUUAUGGAUUUGAAGAAACUGAAGAUAGGAUUGACAGGACCCUCCAAGUGAAUCAUUUAAGUCAUUUGUAUUUGACGCUUUUAUUGGAACCAUUGCUCAAAAGUGGCUCCAGAGUUAUUUUCGUAUCAUCAGAAUCACACAGGAUGGCGAACUUAAAAAAUGUAUUUGUUAAUCAAGACUUAGCAUGUCCAAAGGAUUGGUACAGCUCUAUGACUGCUUAUAAUAACUCAAAACUGUACAAUGUAGUUACGGCUAAAGUUCUAAGUGGAGAAUGGAAACAUAAAAGAAUUGCUGUAAACUCCCUUCAUCCAGGCAAUAUGGUUUCCACUAAUCUCAGCAAGAGUUGGUGGUUAUAUCGGCUUUUGUUCUUUCUCGUCCGACCGUUUACUAAAUCUCUUCAACAAGCAGCGGCCACCACUGUGUACGUCGCCACCGCAGCAGAACUAGAAGGUGUCACCGGCUUGUACUUCAACAACUGUUUCUACUGUGAAGACUCUGCUCUGGCCCGCGAUGAGGAAAUCGCCAAAGCUGUAUUCUCCAUAUCGCUGAAAAUGAUCGUGGAAAGAAUGGGUCCAACUGAUAUAAAGAUGUAUCUAGAUAAGUAUUGUAUGAAUGAACAUAGGUAACUCGCAAGUGUCUUAUAGAAUAGAGAUUAAUUUUUUAUGAUCUAAGGUGUUCGUUAUCAAUUUAAAUUAGUUUUAAAUCUGUAUGCUAAAAACAGACUAAACUAUAUACUCUAUGAUAUUUUGUCUUUUUAUUUAAUCUAUGGUUAGAGUUGUCACUUUAUCCAUGAUCUAAGGAAACUGUAACGUGGUUGUUACUUGUUAAUCUGAAUGAUGAUGUCCCGUGCAAAUCUAACAAUUGUGCUUCUUGUUUCAUAUAAUAUAAUAUAAUUCGUGUAAUAUAAGAUAUCUCUUUAUAUACCUUAAAUUCGUUUACACUUAUAACUGACGACCGGUCCCGCGCUGCCCUCAUCCAACCUACUCCUGUCCGUCGAGGUAUGUGCCCUGCCCACUGCUACUUCAGGUUCACAGCCAUCUGAGUUAUUUCGGUGACUUUUGUGUACCUAACUUUUUCAAAUGUUUCUAAAAAAUUAAAAUUACUUUGAGGUCAAUUCGCAAUUCUUCAGCUAUAUCGUAAUUAGUGAUAUGACCAUCUUACUCCAUUUCUACAAAAAAGCCGUCUAGUUUAUCAUAUCGAGGUACAUCUUUGACAUCCAUAUUCCCGGAUUGAAAACACAUAAACCAGCUUUGUGUUACUCUUACGGACACUGUAUUAGGUCCGGUCCAUAAAAACACAAUUUUUGAAGAGAAAACUUCUUUAGCGGCGUUGAGCACUUUUCUUGGGAUGGGUAUAAAAUGUUAAACUCGCGUCAGGAUACGUGACUUGAUCGAAAAUUCGUAAAACAGUCGGUGAAAUUAUGGAUGGUAGUUGAUUUUUCUGAGAGAUAAUUUUUAAUAGUAAUAGUUCUGAAGUGUUAAAUUUUUAAUGUAAUAUAAAUUCCUAUUUUAGUGUACGAUAGCGCACGAAAUGAAUGUUGUAUAUAACCACAUAAAUGCUAGUACUUUUAUACUUAUAAAAAAAGCAAUUCGUGUGAAAUUAUUUCCUUACCAUCUCAAAAUAUUCAGAAAUGUACAUCGUUAAUAUUAAAGUUUUCACUUCUGCCGGCACUCCCGAAGUACAACCCGUUAUUUUUAUUUUCGGCUUGCGUUGCAUUAUUUUACUUUACUCAUUUUGACUGAAAGAACAAAUGAAAAAUGUCUGAAACAACAUUUUACUAAUUUGUUUCUUUUAUUUAAAAUAAAAGCUUUUUAAUGACAUGAAAAAUGUUUGUUACAAACCUCAAUAACUCCAACCAAAUUAAAGCCUCUUUCUUUCUUGUUUUAAUAAAUAAAAAGGGGGAAAUGGGUGUUUGCUUGGUCGUCAAAUUGAGGUUGGGUAAUACUUCGGACCAUGAGUGUCUAUUUUGUGUUCAGGUUUAGCAAUAAUAAUACAUGUCACGGAUAAGAGAUAAUUCUGAUGUGUAUUAUUUUCUGUUAUAAGAAAUUAGUGAUAUGUCUUAAUCCUUGUUAAAAAUGGCUUAUCUUGUGCGCCACUUUCCAGUUUCAUGCUUAUAGGUGAAAAAAAACUUUUUAAUAAUAAGAAUAAUUAAGUCGGGGACUCAGUGCUCUGUGAACGGCUGGAUCUCUUGGCGUUGCGUAGAGACGUCGCUUCAUUGUGUGUCUUCUACCGCAUUUAUCACGGGGAGUGUUCCGAAGAGCUGUUUAACCUGAUUCCUGCCGCCGAAUUCCACCUUCGCACGACACGCCACAAGUUAGGAUUUCAUCCCCACCAUCUGGAUGUGUGGCGGUCCUCCACAGUGCGGUUUUCAAGGAGCUUUCUCCCUCGUACUACAAAGCUGUGGAAUGAGAUUCCUUGUGCGGUGUUUCCGGGACAAUACGACAUGGGUACCUUCAAAAAAAGCGCUUACACCUUCCUUACAGGCCGGCAACGCUCUUUUGAUUCCUCUGGUGUUGCAAGAGAAUGUGGGCGGCGGUGAUCACAAAACACCAGGUGACCCGCUCGUUUGUUCUCCUGUCAUAAAAAAAAAAUAAGUACCUACACUUACACUUUACAACGAUACAAAAGUUAGUAUCAGGUCCAAUACAGAUUUUCAUAUUAAUUUAAAAAAGAAAAUAAAUUAUAUUAUAUAUGUUUUAAUAAUUUGAAAUAAUGAUAUGUAAUAAUUUUCUUAAAGCAAAAUACUUUUUUGAAUCUUUAUUUGUUUAUUAAAAUUGUAGAAGUGCAGUCAUAAAAAGUCAGCUUGUGUGAUAAAUAAUAAGUAAUCUUAUCUCUCAACAGCUGUACUCAGUGUAUAAAUUUUCAUUUAAAUUGGUUCAGUAUUUUCGGAGUUUAUCCCGAACAUAUAUGGUGAACACGAAGACAUAUGUGAGUUUUAGAUUUUGAAGCAACAAAACGGGAUCUUUACCAAGAUUAAAAAAUUAGAGUAUUUUAUUUAAUUUUGUAAUUUGUGUUAAAGUUGGAUUAUAUAACGAGAUUAAUACUGCUACGUAAAAUUGUCUUAAAAUUAGAAUAUUUUUUUAAUAAUUAUACUAUGAAAAAACAAUGAUGAUUGACAAAAUAUUGUUUAAAUGUAAAAUUAAAUGAAUGAAUCAAAAAAUUAAUUGUUUUACUAUUCUACAACGUAUAUGAAUAAAAUACUUUGUAAAGAUUUUAAACCCGUGUUAUUGUAACUGUAUUUUUACAUUAGAUUUCUGCAUAAAAAUUACAUUAUUAUUAUUAUAUAUUUAACCCAACAUAUCGUGACCUUUGCAGGCUAACGUUCUCAGGGGGACAUAUAGAUAAUUCGUAAUUCUAAUGUAAAAGCACAGCUUAAAUUAGAAGCUUCUUAAUCCUCUAAAAUGUUUUUUAUUUAGAGUCCUGUCUCACACGCGGGAUCGUUGCACAAUAAAACAAUAUUCUUGUUUUAAAUAUAUAUUGUUAUUUAUACACUCUCUCACUUUGUAUUAAAUAUUGGGUGACCGAUCUUCAUUACUACAUUGUAUAUCUUGUCUUAUAUUUAUUAUUGUUAAUGUUUACGGCCAGCCUUAUAAGGAUGACUUCUUAUAUACAGAUAACAACUCAUUGUUACAGUACCUAUUUGUAUAUUUUUCUUUUUCUAUGGAACUACGAAGACAAUUGAGUGUUACAAAAGUUGCUUGACAACAAAUUCAAGUAUUUUUAUUCAGAACAGUAAAGAAUCACAUAUCCUUUACACUGCUGAUAUCAUAAAUAACAUACAACAUUGCAAGUAUCACAUUGCGGAUGACCUACAGCUCUACAUUUCGUUUCCUACAGCGCAGACUCACAUCAGUUGAACGCUGACUAAAACGUAGUGCUGAGUGCUCGGUACGAAGUGCUUUUGCCUUUAAAUGCAGAUCAGAUGAUGCAGAUAUAUGAUUCUUGGUACACCUUCACUUAUAAAAUACUUGAAAGAGCUAAUCCAUUGAUACAGAUUAAGGGAACAUCGCUGGAACGCGUGAAUGAUGCUCGGAAUCUUUGCAUUGGGUUCGAUGAAAGCCUAAGGUUUGACAAACAUAUCGUUGAAGUAAUAUUUCUAUGGAAAAAACAAUUUCAUUCCCUUGAUAUUUAACAUUUUUCAAUGAAAUUUCGUCUAUAUGUUCAUUAAUAAAUACUCCAAAUGAUAAUGUUUUUUUUUUGCGUAAGAGUAUUUAUUUUGUAACAAAAAUUACAUUUAUGAAAAACGUGAAUUGCGCGCGGGCCGGCCAUUACACGGCUCUCGCCUUCCCUCAGUCGGCCGCAGCGCCUCGUCUAGAGCAACCGUGUGCAACUUUGUUGCGCUGCCGCCAACGAAAACUAUAUUUAAUAAGAGAUAUAGCAUCAAUGACUUUAUAAAUCAUACCACUUAUCGAAUAAAUUCUAUUUUAAUCAUAAGAGAUAUAAUUUUGACUUGUACUAUUACAUAUUCUUUGAUUUGCUACAAAAAUGGUGAAUAAGUGCAACAAAAAAAAAUUAUUCGCGAUUGAAGGUAAAGAGAAUAAAAUUGAUGAACCUGAA